UUGUAUCUGACUCUCUCGCUAAUAUUCUACGAAAAGGAAAUAUACGACGUCAUAUUUGUAGAUCAGCUGUCGGCCUGUGUGCCGUUGCUGAAACUAACUGGGGCCAAGGUUGUGUUCUAUUGUCAUUUUCCAGACAAGUUGCUAACAAAGAGAGAGUCAAUAUUGAAAAUGAUGUAUCGUUGGCCGAUUGAUAAACUCGAAGAAAUAACGACUGGAAUUUCGGAUCGUAUACUAGUGAAUAGUCAGUUUACGGCUGGAAUUUUCCGUGAAUCUUUUCCUUCAAUUAAGCAGACGCCAGAAGUGUUGUAUCCUAGUAUACACCUCGAAUCAUAUGACAAGGAAGUUAAUCUGAACGAUCCGAGCAUACAACUGCUUCACACACAAAAGAAGUUAAUUCUUUCAAUAAAUCGCUUCGAACGAAAGAAAAAUCUUGCCCUAGCCAUACAUGCUUUUUCUCAUCUACGCGAUUCAGCU